AUGAUCGACUUCUCAUUCAGAGAGGAGCUCAAUCAGAGAAGGGAACAUGUCGAGGAUUUGUUCAAUUUCGAGGGAUCAAAGGUGGGUCGAGGUACCUAUGGACAUGUGUAUAAAGCAACACCCAAAUCCCCAGCUUCUAUGAAAAUGUACCCAAAUAAAGAAUAUGCUCUGAAGUUGAUCGAAGGGAAUCAACAAUUCACAAUGAGCGCUUGCAGAGAGAUCGCUUUGUUAAGAGAACUCAAACACCCAAAUCUCAUCCGAUUGCAACGGGUUUUUUUAACAAAAGAGCGCAAAGUUUGGCUCCUCUUGGACUAUGCCGAACACGAUUUAUGGCACAUUAUAAAACAUCAUAGAGGCAUGAGAACCAAAAAAUCCCUGUUAAUAGAUCUUAAACCGGCGAAUAUUCUUGUGAUGGGCGAAGGACCGGGUGUACAAAGGGGAAGGGUCAAAAUCGCCGAUAUGGGUUUCGCGAGAGUUUUCCACAACCCAUUGAAACCGCUAGCCGAGCUAGACCCGGUUGUCGUGACAUUUUGGUAUCGAGCUCCCGAGCUACUACUUGGCGCUAAGCAUUACACAAAAGCUAUUGAUGUCUGGGCGAUUGGAUGCAUCUUUGCCGAGUUGCUCACCGCUGAACCAGUUUUCUAUUGUAAAGAGGAAGACAUUAAAGCACAAAGCCCGUAUCAUCAAGAACAACUGAGAAGAAUAUUCAACGUGAUGGGCUUCCCUACUGAAAGCGAUUGGCCGGAUUUGAAGAAAAUGCCCGAAUGGAAACGACUUGAUCAGGAUUUUCAGAAUAAAAAAAUGUUUGCCAAUUGUGCCCUCCAUGUAUAUUUUCAAGAAAAGCACAUUCAAUCUGAUGGCCGAGAUUUCAAGUUGUUAACGAAAUUGUUGCGAAUGGACCCGGAGAGGAGAAUCACUUGUAAAGAAGCGAUGGAUGAUCCGUAUUUCAAGGAAGAUCCGAAACCGACUGAAGACGUUUUCAAAGGCAUGGAGAUUCCCUAUCCAAAGCGAGAGGCGAUGGAAUGUGAUGAGGACAAGAAAACGAAUCAAACGCAGCCACAAGUGAUCUCAGACAAUGUCAGCAAUCUCGAGGGAUCCGAAGCGCCCAAUCCCAAGAAAAUGCGGAUGGCCAAUCAGGGACCACAAAACAAUCAACCGAUGCCCAGUGGAAGCGACAAUUCAAAUAUGAACUCUUAUCCUCAACAAAAUAUUCAACAAUCUAUGCAAACUCAGAUGCAACCAAUGAUGCAACAAAUGCAAAACCCUGGCAUGAUGCAAAACCCAGUAAAGUCCCAAAAUCUGAUGAUGAAUCAGCCGAAAAUGGAGCCAGGCGUUGGGCCGAUGGGUGGAAUGCAAGGAGGACAACAAGGACCAAUGGGACAAAUGACCAGACAGAUGUAUGGAAAUCAACCACCGCCCCAGCAACAGUAUCAACAACCCGUCGCCCCGCAAGGAUAUCAACAACAAAUUAAUUCGAUGAUGAACCAACCCGGGAACCCACAAAUGAUGAGAAAUGAUAUGGGCUACAGUGGACAACCACUCAUGAUGUCACAAGGUCAAAUGAUGAUGGGACAACAGGGACAAUCGAUGAUGGGCCAAAGCCAAUACAUGAUACCAUCACAAGGACAACAAAGUGCACAACAACCACCACCCGGUCAAUGGCCAUCCGGAUAU